AAUAUUUAAUUACCUCUACUAUUCCUCCAUUUAGGUAAAAAAAGAAAGUACUCUGGCCAUUCAAAGUCUGGACGAUCCUUCCAUUAAUAGUUUCCAGGUUCUGUUCAUGAAACCAGCACCUUUUUAUCGACGUUAUGACCAUGUUCUCUGUCUCUUUGACAUGGAAUCCCUUCAGAAAAUGAAUGACACUGUUGCAUCCAAUGAAGAAAAACUUGACAAAAUGCAAUUCCCUACUUAUCUGUCCAAAACCCUUCUAUUGAAGAACUUGCAAAAGGGUUUGGGCAAAAGAGUUUCUGAAUUUGGAGUUCACAUGCCUAAAAGGGCGUCCUGGAAAGUAACAGAAGCUCCUGCCCAAUUUUCUGGACCACUUUUGAUUGGCAUGAACUUAGACUCUGAGCAUGCUUACAGCAUUGUAGACAAAGGCCCUCCUGCUGAUACACCGGAGGCGAAUGAUUUUAGAAAAUUUUGGGGAGAAAAAUCCGAGCUUCGUAGGUUUCAGGAUGGAAGUAUAUCUGAAGCAGUGGUGUGGCUAUCAGAACAGAGUGUUACUUUUUCUCAUAGAAGAAUUGUCAAUCGCAUUAUCACUGAUUACAUCCUUCAGAAUAAAUUAAGCUUGAAUCCCUCUAAAUCAGUUGUUUACCUAGCUGAUCAAAUGGAAGAAAUCUUAGCUCUUUCUCAGGUGAAGCCUUCAUCAUUUUCUUAUGGUUCAGGAGAAGAGGCAUCACUAGCAGUUUUAGCUGCCUUAGAUCGUCUGUCAUCCCAACUCCGCGGCUUGGCUGAUCUACCUCUAGAUAUUAGUGGUGUUCAAGGUUCAAGUCCUGUUUGCCGGUAUGCUGAUGUUUUCCCUCCGCUUUCAACAGUCCAUCAAGCAGGGAAGAAACUUACAAAACCUGGGGAAAAUUGUGCUCUUCUUAGAACUGGACACAGGAGUACCAUGGCACCUGCUUGGAUACCUCCUGUUGAAGUUGUUCUUCAGCUUGCUUUGAGUGGCAAAUGGCCAGAUGACGCUCAAGCUGUGCGAAGAGUCCGAGCUGCAUUCAGUAUCAAGGUAGCAGAGUGCCUCAGAACUCAAUGUGGACUCACAACUCAAGCAUUUCAGAACCAUGUUGAUGUUAUGAAAGAUGGAUUUGUUUUCCGAUUGAGAAUUGCAUAUCAGCGUGAACCUGCAUUACUUCGUCAAUGUACAAUGCCUGAUGGAAUGAUCAAAUCAGUUGACUGUAAAGAGGCCCGAAGCCUGGAAAGAGAAACAAAUCACCUACCUAAACUAACUAGCUAUCUGCAUGGACUUCAUCAACUUCAGCCUGCAUUUGGUCCUGCAACUUGUAUAGCUAAAAGAUGGGUUGCCUCACACAUGAUACGAUGGUCUCACUUUCCAGAGGAGGCUGUUGAAUUGCUAAUGGCCAGUGUAUUCCUGAAUCCUGCGCCGUUUUCCCCCCCUGCCCAACCACAAAUUGCAUUUUUAAGAUUUCUACACCUAUUGUCCAGAACAAAUUGGCAUUUGGAACCUUUAGUACUAAAUUUCAAUAAUGAAUUGAAAAGAGAUGAUAUAUUGGAUAUUGAAAGAAGAUUUACGUCAGAUCGUAUUCAGUUGCCUGCAAUGUUCAUUGCCACUCCGUCUGAUACAGAAAAUUCUCUAUGGACAAAAGAAGCACCCAGCCUAACAAUUUUAGCUCGAGUUGCUAUCCUUGCUUCCCAGUCUUUGAAGGUUCUUGAGGGGUGUUAUUUAACUGAAACACCCCUUCAUACUGAUAUGUGGAAGAAAGUAUUUCGGCCGUCAGUAGAUUCAUAUAAUCUUUUGAUUCAUUUACAACCACAUAUGAAUCCGCGGAGGUCACAAUGGAUUGAUGCUAAAGUAAAUGAAAAUUUGCAAUCACUGGCACCAUACACUAAAUCAAAAGAUGAAAAAAUACCCGUCACAGGCUAUAAUCCUAUUCAGUGUUAUCUGCAAGAGUUGGAGGAUGCUUAUAGUGACUAUGCCCUAUUCUUUCACGAUGUAUAUGGUGGCAGUGUAAUAGGAGUUGUAUGGAAACCACAAUCCACUGAACCUAAGGAAUUCAAGGUCACUCACAUCAAUGGUCGGGAACUUAAGAGAAAUAAUAUGAACUCCUCUCAACUCCAUCUCAACCAAGAGGCCCUCAUAGAAGAUUUCUACAUAUUAGGAGAUGGACUUGUCACAUCUAUUGAACAUAACAUUAUAGCUGGUCAAAAGUAAGGAAGGAAAUGGGGUGUAAUCGACUUAACAUGUUAAUUAAAUAAAUGGAAUGAUCCAUUCAUA